GCAGAGUGCAGUGACUCGGCACACUUGAGCGCGCACGUCUGCUACUGUAGCAGACGUGCAGCAGCUAUGUACCUAUGUGCAGCCUACUACUACUAGAGCUGUUGGCAACCUCAGUGCUUUGGCAACAGUGAACAGCACUGGCGUUGGGCACUGAGGGUUUGAACUCAGUGUCGGUAUUCAUUGCUCAUUCCUACUUCAGAAGACGCGGACCUAGCAAUCUUUUCACAUUUGUCCUCCGCAUUUUGCACCCCUGCCUCGCUGCAGGAGCGGAGAGCAGCUGGGAGUAGGGACCGCAGUGGCAUUCGGGGUUGUUGGUUGAGAGGAUUCGGCAAUAAUGGCGUCCGUGGCUGUGCGGUCAGGGACCGCUGCUCUGGGAUCUUGCUCGCUGCAGAGCCAAACGCAAUGCAGGACUGGGGGGGUGGCAGGAUCUGCUGUGCUUCCAAUCAGGAAGCAGAAUCUGCUGCAGUCUAACUUCCAGGGACAGCAGUUAUCUUUCAGGCCUUCCACCAGACCUAGCCAUGGCCCUUCCAUGGUCGUAGCCGCCCCUCCUUCUCCCUCAAUCACCUCUUCUCCGGAAGAAGAGAACCCCUCCCCCUUCUCUGGCUUUGACUACGGCGCGAAGCCCCCGUUCUCGCUUGCUGACAUCAAAAACGCCAUCCCUAAGCAGUGCUGGGAAAAGAACACUCUGAGGUCAAUGACGUAUUUGGCAAGGGAUGUGUUGGUGGUCUUUGGACUGGCGGCGGCGGCGGCGGCAGUGAACAGCUGGGUCACAUGGCCGCUGUACUGGUUGGCGCAGGGGACCAUGUUCUGGGCGCUCUUUGUGGUGGGGCAUGACUGCGGGCAUGGUAGCUUUUCCAGCAACAAGAAGCUGAACGACUUUAUUGGCCACCUCACCCACUCCUCCAUCCUUGUACCCUAUCACGGCUGGCGCAUCAGCCACAGGACCCACCACCAAAACCAUGGCCACGUUGAGAAUGACGAGUCCUGGCAUCCGGUCACCGAAAGCAUUUUUAAGGACCUGGACCCCUUCGCCCGCUUCGGCCGCCUGACCUUCCCCAUCGCUCUGUUCGCCUUUCCCUUCUACCUGUGGAAGCGCAGCCCCGGCAAGGAGGGCUCCCACUACGACCCCAACUGCAGUCUUUUCACCCCCAGCGAGCGCAAUGACGUCCUCACCUCCAACGCCUACAUGGUUGGCAUGCUUGCGAUCCUCGCGGCCGUCGGCGUUGUGGCCGGCCCUGCCAUGCUCUUCAAACUCUACAUAGUCCCCUACAUCCUGAACGUUGUGUGGCUAGAUGUCGUUACAUACCUGCACCACCACGGGUAUGAGGAGAAGAUCCCCUGGUAUCGUGGCGAGGAGUGGAACUACAUGCGCGGUGGGCUGUCGACCAUCGACAGGGACUACGGUAUCUUCAAUGACAUCCAUCACGACAUUGGCACGCACGUCGUUCACCAUCUCUUCCCCCAGAUGCCCCACUACAACCUGAAGGAAGCGACGGAGGCAGUGAAGCCGGUGCUCGGGGAGUACUACCGGGAGCCCGAGAAGAGCAAGGGCCCCCUGCCCUUUCAUUUGGUGAAGCCCCUGAUCGACAGUUUCAACAAUGACCACGUGGUUCCGGACGAGGGGGAAGUUGUUUACUACAAGAAGGCCUUCUAAUCCGCAAGAAAUCACGAGUUGGGAAAAACAUCGCAAAGAACUUUGGGAAAAGAUCGUGCACGAACUAGAACGAGGAGUUGUGAUGAUGCACGAGACACAGUGACGUGCAGGGUCCCCUCCAUGCAUUAGCUUUGUUGACUUUCGCCAUUCUUGGGUUCGAUUCGCCAAGCCCACCGUGCCGAACGAUUCGAGGUAGUAAAGUCAGACGCGCAAGGGGUUUGGCAGUGGGUGCGUGCGCCUUGGUUGGAAGGUGGUGUAGUUAUAUCUCUUUUGGUGUCCGCUUCAUUGGUUGAAACGCUCACAUUGAGCGGCACUCCCGGGGAGUGAUUUCUUGGAAGCGAGCCCGUUAUUCGCUUACGGUGACCGUUAAGACUUUCAGUAGGUAGGUAUAUUGGACAGGCGGCUCUUGUAGGGCAUUGUGCACGAUUGGGUGCAAUUGCUCCGAUUCUUUUCAGCAGGUAUGGUCCAGGUAAUCAGCGAAGUGAUUCAUUAGACGAGUCAAAAAGAGCCGUGCAUAAGGAUAUUAAGACUCAUUAUAAUCCUUACCUUCGCUUAUCCUACCAUAAGAUCGAUCCCAGUGGUCAGUGUGACGGCUGGUCUUUUCAUUUGAACGAUCAGACCUUCUCCAGAAUUCUCAUGG